AUAGGAGAAAAGCAAGUGUGUGCGUGCCUGUGUGCGUGUGAGUGACAGUAUGUGCGUGUGUGUUCUCUUAGCCAUAUAUAUUGGGCCAUGUGGACACAGACGUGGAGUUUUGGAGGAUAGACUUUGUAUUGACUGCACGGCUGUUUGCCUCCCUUUCUUCGUUUCUCUCUUACAGAGGACCAGUGGGAAUAUAAAGCAGCUCUCACUUCUGUCUGGAACGCUCACUGGUGGGAACCGAGGACCCUUUUAUCCCUGUGUGUGCCGAGUCUCGCCAAGUACCUGGUGCUGUAUACAAAAUGGGUGAUCUGCUGGAUGAUGGCUCAUUCAUGUUCACGUCGGAGUCGGUAGGCGAGGGACAUCCAGACAAAAUCUGUGACCAGAUCAGUGAUGCUGUCCUGGACGCUCACCUGAAGCAGGACCCAGAUGCCAAAGUGGCCUGUGAGACGGUGUGUAAGACCGGCAUGGUGCUGCUCUGUGGGGAGAUCACGUCCCGGGCCAACGUGGACUACCAGAGGGUGGUCCGAGACACCAUCAAACACAUCGGCUACGACAACUCCGACAAAGGUUUCGACUAUAAGACGUGCAACGUGCUGGUGGCUCUGGAGCAGCAGAGUCCGGACAUUGCUCAAGGGGUCCAUGUUGACAGACAGGAGGAGGACAUUGGAGCUGGAGACCAGGGUCUGAUGUUCGGCUACGCCACAGACGAGACGGAGGAGUGCAUGCCUCUCACCAUCGUCUUGGCCCACAGGCUCAACUCAAAGAUGGCUGAGCUCAGACGCGACGGCAGCAUCCCCUGGCUGCGUCCCGACUCUAAAACCCAGGUGACCGUUCAUUAUGAGCAGAAGGAUGGAGCCGUGAUCCCAAAGAGAGUUCACACCGUCGUGAUCUCCGUCCAGCACGAUGACUAUAUCUCUCUGGAGGAACAGAAGAGUGUGCUAAAGGAGAAGGUGAUCAAGGCCGUGGUUCCAGCUAAAUAUUUAGACGACAAGACGAUCUACCACAUCCAGCCGAGCGGUCGCUUCGUCAUUGGAGGACCUCAGGGCGAUGCUGGUGUGACGGGCAGGAAGAUUAUCGUAGACACGUACGGAGGCUGGGGAGCUCACGGUGGCGGAGCCUUUUCCGGAAAGGACUUCUCAAAGGUCGACCGCUCAGCGGCCUACGCCGCUCGCUGGGUCGCCAAGUCCCUGGUCAAAGCCAAACUGUGCAGGAGAGUCCUGGUUCAGGUGUCGUAUGCUAUCGGAGUGGCCCAGCCUCUGUCCAUCUCCGUGUUCACCUACGGUUCCUCCCAGAAAUCAGAAACAGAGCUGCUCCACAUCGUCAACAAAAACUUUGAUCUGCGGCCCGGAGUCAUCGUCAGGGAACUGAACCUGAAGAGGCCCAUCUACCAGCAAACAGCCUCUUACGGCCACUUCGGCCGACCAGAGUUUACCUGGGAGGUGCCCAAGGAACUUGUCCUCUAAAUACCACCACCUGCUCGUCCUGAUCCACAGCUGCUCGUGGGCUACAAGUGCCACCUCCGGUCACUCGUAGAACACAAGUGUUAAUGGGAAGAACUAAAGCCAAAGUCAGGGUCAGCUUUAAAAGAGAUGGGAAGAUAAUUUUGAAAGCGAGGCGUUGCAGAGGACGUCUCAGUAACGAAUCCUUUUCUUGCAUCUAAAACAUUCAGUAGGAACCAUCACUAUUCAAAGCUCUUCCCUGGUAAACGAACGCCACAAAAAAAAAUAAUCCUCUGAAGAUAAAAAAAAAAAAAAAAAAAGAUCUAUGCCACUAGAAGCAGGGUUUUAUUUUUAAGCCGUGACUUCAACCUUAUGAUGUACAGAGACAACCUCAGUGCUUCAUUUUCAUAACGGUGCUAUAGGCAAUAGGUAUUUUGUCAGUGACGAUCAUGUGAAUGUCAGUGGUGUUAUCAUUGCUAAACCAAAGGCGUGGCUUUAGGGGAAGAAAUUCAUCUUUUUUUUUUGUCAUGAGUGUAAAAUGUGUUUCUUUUUUUUUUAAGUCCUACUUUGUAACGUGUGCGACAGGAAGCUGUUUGCACCUUUGCGACCACCACACGGAUCAUUUCAACGUUGGCGAGCUUUUAAUUCCUCUUUUAUUCCUAAAGAGGAAAUAUGCUGCGGUGAAUCCAAUGCAAAACGGGUCAGGGAGUCUCAUGUGUUCACAUUUGUUUUAAUCAACUUGCUGCUCUCUUCAACUGCUUACGGACUUUUAAUAUCGUGUGUCUGUAAUUUUUUUUUUUUAGCAGCUAAUUGACUGUGAAUCAAUCUCCUCUGGGCAUUAAAUUAACACUGCACUGAUGUCUUACAACUGCUUUCUGUCUUAAGCCUGCGUUCAAUCAAACUUCAUGUCAGACACAGUAAAUUGCCUCAAAUGCAGAUUCCCUCUCAUUUCCCUUUUUAUCUCUGAGACUCUUUCCUCAUUUCUGCUCAAUAUGAAGUUUGAUGUUCCCCAAAUAAAAACCACAUCAUGGACUGUUGACUGGUUACAUCGUCUCAGUGGAUUUAGAGGAAAUACUUUAAUAUAUUUCUCAUGAUGUAUUCGAAAUGUAAUGUCGAGUCUGCCUUGAAUCAAAGUAUUUGGUCUGAAACACUUGAUGAAGUGUGUGGGGAGCCUUAGGAGUUUCUGCGGUGACAAUCCGUGCUUUCUUCUACAGCCAACGUUGUUUUUGUGCGAGAGGUCUUCCUCUGUUGAAUGUUUUGAUCUGUAUCAUCAUCUGUUGACGUUGUCGGCAGAGAAACUGGACGAUGUAAAUAAUUCAACAACGAACGAAAAUUAAAGUUUUAAAGUGUU